UAGGGGGCAGCUGCCAGUGGACAUGGCGGCGGGCUGCAGCGGGGUUGCGCUUGCUGUCUUUGGAGUGCUUAGUAUUUGUACGGUCAGCGGCUCUGGGCCCGUGGCUGAGAGGGAGACCAGCAGGGAGGCGGGCUGGACGGAGCCAUGGGAUGGUGCGGUUUUCCGGCCGCCCUCAGCGCUGGGCGCGGUCGGGGUGGCGCGCAGUCCAGGGACCCCGCGGCCAGGGAGGGAGGAGGCGGUGGACUUGCCGGUGCUGCUGUGGUGGAGCCCAGGCCUAUUUCCUCACUUCCCGGGCGACUCGGAGCGCAUCGAGUGCGCGCGUGGUGCGUGCCUGGCGUCCCGGGACCGCCGGGUGCGGUGGCACUCACGGACGCGCGCGCUGCUCUUUUACGGCACUGACUUUCGCGCGUCUGAGGCGCCGCUGCCGCGCCUGGCACAUCAGAGCUGGGCGCUUCUGCACGAGGAGUCACCCCUCAACAACUUCGUGCUGAGCCACGGGCCCGGCAUCCGCCUCUUCAAUCUCACUGCCACUUUCAGCCGCCAUUCGGACUACCCGCUGGCGCUGCAGUGGCUGCCCGGGACCGCCUACCUGCGCCGCGCGGCGCCUCCGCUACAGGAGCGCGCAGAGUGGCGCCGCCGCGGCUACGCGCCUUUGCUCUAUCUGCAGUCCCACUGCGACGUGCCUGCGGACCGGGACCGCUACGUGCGCGAGCUGAUGCGUUACAUCCCGGUGGACUCCUAUGGGAAAUGCCUGCAAAAUCGGGAGCUGCCCACUCCGCGGUUACGGGACACAGCCACAGCCACCACCGAGGAUCCAGAGCUUUUGGCCUUCUUGUCUCGCUAUAAGUUCCACUUGGCCCUCGAAAAUGCCAUCUGUGAUGACUACAUGACAGAAAAACUGUGGCGCCCCAUGCAUCUCGGGGCUGUGCCUGUGUAUCGCGGCUCUCCUUCUGUGAGGGACUGGAUGCCCAACAAUCACUCCAUCAUCCUCAUUGAUGAUUUUGAGUCACCACAGAAGCUGGCAGAAUUUAUUGACUUUCUGGACAAGAAUGAUGAGGAAUACAUGAAAUACCUGGCAUAUAAGCAACCUGGGGGCAUCACCAACCAGUUCCUUCUGGAUAGUCUGAAGCAUCGGGAGUGGGGAGUGAAUGAUCCUUUGCUGCCUAACUACCUCAAUGGCUUCGAGUGUUUCGUCUGUGACCAUGAACUGGCUCGGCUGGAGGUCGAGAAAGCUCACGCAGCCUCUCCUGAGGAUGUCCCUGGCCCUGAACCUCACAUUGCCCAGCCCUCACACAUGGAUUGCCCAGUGCCCACACCUGGUUUUGGCAGUGUGGAAGAGAUUCCUGAGAAUGACAGCUGGAAGGAGAUGUGGCUGCAAGAUUAUUGGCAAGGUCUGGACCAGGGGGAAGCUCUCACUGCCAUGAUCCACAACAAUGAGACAAAGCAGAUGAAAUUUUGGGAUUAUCUACAUGAGAUCUUCAUGAAAAGGAACAAAAAUCUCUAAUUAUCCUUGCAAGAGCCUUUAACUUGGUAGAGUUAAGGAGACAGAAGUCCUUAUUCUACUAUCGGACAUGAGGGGCGUCUGCUGCACAACCUUAAUGAACACUGUCUUAUCAUGAGUUCAAGGAGUUCCAUUUAUAGCCACUGAUAUUUUAUCCUAAUGUUGUGUACCCACUGUCUCAGCUUGUGGUAAUAGGGCCUGUCUUCAAGGAGAGGUGGAGGUCUCCAGUUCUUGGAUUAAUGGGAAGCAAAAGCCUGAAACACCCACUUGUUUCAAAGUGCUGAUUGAACAGAAUUGUAAAAGAACUGCAUCUUUUUCUAGCCAUCUCAUUCUCUCAACUGUGAUUGGAACAACACCUUGGUACUUGUCUAAGAAUGAGGUAAGAUGGGUCAGAUUUAAGGUCUUAAAACUUUGAUGCUAUUUUUUAAAACUCUUCAUUAUUCAGUACCUUUCCUAAUCUGUUUUCCUCAUAUCCUGCUUUAUAACCUGUUAGGUUGGUGGUGAAGCAGAACUCUUGGUGGGUUGUAUUCUGGUUCUUAGAGUUGUAUUUUUAAUAUCAUUUGCUUGUCUUUGAUGUCAAACUUCUUAUUUUAAAUGGAUUUUUCUUUCUUGGUUUUCCACAGUAGCUGAUGAAGAUGCAGGAGCCUUGCCACCAUCCCCACACUCAUUCUCCCCUUGCCACCAUCCCCACACUCAUUCUCCCCUGCAUUAAACUGGCUAUAGACUUGA